GUGUGAUCUGCGCGCUGCGUGUAUGGAGGAAGCAGCUGCUGAUCUGAUCUCUGACAUUGUGUGAGACAGACAUCUGAGUAAGCUGCGUACAGACGUGUCUUAAAACAUACCUCACCGAGGCACGCCGUGCAUGAUUACCUCUUUGAUUUAAUGGGUCCAAUCAUUGGGAUGUCACCAGAUAAGAAAACGGAAAUUCCGGGUAUGCAAGAGGAGCGGACAGGGCUCAGAGGUGUUUGUGGUGUGGGAACACUGCCUGAGGCGGAGUGUGCGUCCAGUCCGCUGGCGACCAGCGUGGAUCGUACUGGAGGCACAGAGGAUGAGGAGCUCACCAACCUCAACUGGCUGCACGAGAACCUGCUUCAGAACUUCACUCUGGGAGGUCCGGAAGCUCAGCCCAGCGGCAGUCCCCUCUUUGACAUAGAGGGAGACUAUGGGUCCAACCAGGGCCCGUCCUCCUCCUCCUCAUCUUCGUCACACAGCAGAGGCAGGGAGCGGGACUCAUUGAAGUCAAAGCCCCCUUUCUCGUUUUCUCUCCUCAUCUACAUGGCCAUUGAGCAGUCUCCCAGCAAAUCUUUGCCUGUUAAAGAAAUCUAUGGUUGGAUUCUCGAGCACUUCCCUUAUUUCUCCAACGCUCCCACUGGCUGGAAGAACUCAGUUCGUCACAACUUGUCCCUGAACAAAUGCUUCCGCAAGGUUGAAAGGAGUUUGGGAAAGGCCAAUGGAAAAGGUUCUCUCUGGUGUGUUGACCCUGAGUACCGCCCCAACCUGAUCCAAGCCCUUAAGAAGCAGCACUUCCCUGCCGCACAUGCCUUCUGCACACCACCCGCCUCCCCACCCAGUGCCUCUUCACCCCCUCGUCAUCUCUUUCUACAAGGCUGCUCAUUCAAAGAGUCUGACAUUGAUGCUGCCACUGCCAUGAUGCUCUUAAACUCUGCCCCCGGGCACCACGUUGACCCAUGCAAUUCUGACGGCCCACUGGACCUCUCCCGACCCGACUCUGUCCUGGUGAGCAGCGAUCCCAAGCAGGACCACAACUACAGCAGUGUAGCCCUGCAGCGCUGCUCCUCCCGUUCCUCCUCUUCGUCUCUUUCCUCCUUGGAUGAAGGAGGCUGCGACGGCAGGCAGUCUCGCCGCGCCGGCAGCGAGGGCUUCCACAGCGACGAGGACUCCGACCUCUGGGACGAGAGGGGCGUCCACCAGACGUCUCGACGUCCGCCCGCCAUCAAGUGGCCCGUCGGUAAGAGGCCACGACGCGAGGUCAAGCCAGAGCUGGAUGAGGAGCUGAAGGAAGCCGCCGGCUCCUUGCUGCACCUCGCCGGUAUACGCAGCUGCAUGGAGGGCUCCAAACGUACUGUCAAGAGCACAAAACUUAACAGGAAAUGAGGAUUUUUUUUCUUCUGCCCCCAUCAGACUCCGGACCCUGUGAACCCUAACCUCUGACCCCUUAUCGUGUGUCCCAGUGUGCCUCCUUCUCCUUAUCUGAUCGUUCAUUGGCCAUUUCGAGCCUUUUUUUUUCUUUUUCUCUUUUUUGGGAAUAUCCCUGUUCAACAAAACAAAUGGCAAUAGUAUCGUUCACACAGGAGAACAAAGCCAUAUAGAGACUUUUGUAACUUCGGGGGUAACUGCUGGGGGUGGGUGUUUGGGCUAUGGAGAACCAUCAAGAAACCUAUCUAUCCAAAACGACCUGCCUGCUUCUGUUGGAUUAGAAGAUUGUGAUUCAAGAAUUUUCCUCUGAGAGACAAAAUGGGAAAAGCUGAAGGUUUUAUAACUCAAAGCGUUGCAUGCUUCCUCCUCAAACCUGUAUCCUCUUCCAAGUGAAUCUAUUUAUGAAGCGAAUGAGUGCAUGUUUGUAACAGACAAAAUCUAACCUCCUGGUGUUAUCAGUUUCUCCUUUUGUGCUAAAGAAAAAAAUGCCACUGUUUUGAAAGGAAUUCUCGCUCUACGAAUCCUCUUGUGAGAGAGAUGCAAUAAUUAAUCCACAACCUUAACUUUUUGACAUUAUUUCAUGGUGGCAUUUUUCAGAGUCGAGUAUGCUAGUAAAACUUUACAAUUAAGAGAAUGAAUGGAGUCAUACUAUGAUCUUGUUAUGCGAUAAACUUUAUUACACACGAGCUCUGGCUCUGUUUCAGGAUUAGCAAGAUGUGGAAAUAGUAUUACUCUGCCACUGCCAAAUUUAGUUGCAAAGUUAGCACUACUUUGCUCAGUUUUGCACGGCCGUUACCGUGCCAUACAAGUGAAGUCUGUUUUCUAUUUUUUGCAAAUCCACCGCUCAUCCUGUCGACCCCUUUCAUUCAUCAGUGUGUUUCUGACAUUUACUGUGCAGACAGAGCAUUUUCUCAUGUUUGGUGACAGCCUAUGCAAAGUGAACAUCUGCCAUGUGUUGCCAGAUGUUCACUGCGUGUUCAUAGGUUAUCCUCCAUAAAUUUUAUUUGUAUUUUUGUGUGUGUGUGUGUGUGUGUGUGUGUUUGCGUGCGUGUGUGUAUGUGUGUAUCAUAGUGCAUGUUGACUUCAGCUUAAACCUGAGAUGACGAUGUUGACAGAAAAGAGUUUGAAAUGGCCAGACACUUUUCUUCUUCUGACAAAGUAGUCAUACUGCUCCAAUGAGUGUGAUUGGUGUAAUGACACAUCUCUGUGCUACAGCUGUAUUGUAGGGCUGCUUGGUACUCUGCUUGCUUCUGCUCCCUUUUGAAUGCAGAGCUGGUUCAUAGUCAGAAACAGGAGCGGGCAGUAAAUUACCACAGCUUCUUGCUCCAUUAUUUGAGUUUGCAGUUUGUUUAUACCUCCAUGUGUUCUCCUUGUGUUUUGAACCAUGUACUUUAGAAAAUGACGAAAAGUACACAGUCAGUGCUCUGGUGGAGAAGUUAAUUCACAACUCGAGGCAAAGUGUGUCUGUUUCCAUUCAGAUAAAUGAAAGGUGCAGAGCAUAUUCAUGUGUAAACAACAACAAGGGGACAAUGAUGUCAUGGUCAGACAGAACUGGACUCUGUGUGUGCAGUUGCUCGCAGGCGAGAUGUUGAAGACCUGUGCUGCUCUCAUGUUGUGGCCUCAGUUCUGGCUGGCCACUGGUGUCACGUCCUUGCUCUUCCUCCUAGAACAAAAUAAGGAAGUGCACACUCUCUUCUCGCGCUGUGAAAUGGAGUGUUUAUUGUCAGUUGAUUGCAUGCAGUUCACUGGGGGGGAAGUUGUGUAAAAGGCCACAAUUGUCGUUAGUUUUUAAAGGCUCCGUACUCACAGCAUACAGUACAAGGUAGCAUGGAAGCGCACAAGGGCAACAAACUAAAAAUUCUACAAUUUUUUUUCCCACAAACUGCAUCACAUCAUGUCACAGUGACUGUUAGUAUAGCAUGCAUGGUCAGUGCCAAACAUUUUCUUGUGCCACUGAUGUAAAACUGCAACGGGCCAUGGUCACUAUAUUCCCCUGCUGCCACAGUGUAGUUGUGAUUUAGAGCAACAAUGCCCUACUUUUCUGAAUCAUCCGAACAGGAAAUGGGAGAGGGCUCUAGUCAGUGCAGUGACUUAACCAAUCUUUUGGUUUAUUUUUGUCGCUUUAGAGUGGGAACUGAUCUUAGCAGAGUAAGCUGCUGUUCUCAGAAGUAAUACUUGCAUACACUGGUCUUGUUUAGCUGUGAAAAAAAGAACAAAAUAUUGUUCAUUAAUCAUCACCUUAUUUAUGUUAUUAAUUUAUGGGAUUAUUGAAUGCUAUCAAACACUGGUCAUUUGAAAGGAAUGGCUAGGCACAUUUAUUUUUUCCCUCUGUGAACUCUUAAUAAGUAUUUUGUUUUUCCUCCUCAUUUUAUUUUACAGCAAUACACCUUUCUUCUUUCACUAUAUUAUAGUGAUUAAGUAUUUUGCCAAUGUCUGUUGUCUUUAGAACGGGUGUUUUUUUGUUUUUGUUUUUUUUCAAUUUAACCAUGACUGCCAGGUUUUCUUGAUGUUUUGUUUUGCUUUGUGUUAGACUGGAUAGAAGACAGUUAAUUAACAUUGAUCCUGAAACCUUUUGUUGCCAAAAUUGAUGUACAGCUGGGGUGUAAAGUGUAAGAUGGACACAUUCCCCAUGAAGGUGAUUGAAUCAUUUUUACAUUUGUCUCAUGUUUAUGUCUAGAUAUUAUGACUAAGUAGUCACAAAUUUAAGAUUAGCUCUCGAUCUCAGCGCAGAUUAGAAUCUUAAAAAAAAUAAACAAAUACUGCCACUCAUAAUUCAUGCUUCCAGGUAUUGUUAUGGGAUGUUGAAAUGUCUUGAAUAUCUGUGAAAACUGGAUCAGACUAACUCAGUCCCCCCUGGCUGCUGCUGUGUAGUUUCCGAGCUACAUUUAAGUAUGUGGAAAAAUGCAGACAAAUGAUGGAGAGACGUGUAGAGGAAAAUCUCACUCAUUCUUUCUGUAGCACUUGCAAAAGAAACGUGUAUUGGUCUCAAAGUGACACUGAGUCAGUGAGUUGAUCUGCAGAUGAGCUACCUAAAUGUUUUGGGGUCCGACUUACCAAACUCAAAACCCAGUUGCGUCAUUGCUCAACAUUAUUGAAAAUUGAUCAUGUGAUUCUAAAAAUUCUGUUGCAGUUCCUAUGGGUAUGAUGAACAUUUUGUUGCAUUUGACAAAGCUGCCAACCCAGUAUGAGUUUGUCAGUUGUCUGCCAUAUCUAUUGGACCGACACACCUUUUGGUUUUUGUAUGCUAACCUCUGUUGAUAAAAUGUUUAUAAGAUUUAUUUUCGCCAAAGAUAUGCAAUUGCAUUAUAUAUGGUAUUACAAAAUAUUAAUAAAAACCUGUUC